AUGGGGGCGAAAGAAAGUUCUGAUCAGAGGCAUGCCAAGACGGGCCAGGCCAAGCCUUCUACAACCGUAAAGCAAGCACAGAUUGCCGACGACGACGACGACGACGACGACGACGACGACGACGACGACGACGACGACGACGACGACGACGACGACGACGACGACAGCUUUGUGUUGUGUGAGGGUGAGAAGGACGCGACAGGACGCGACGAGCAUGAUGACGAGCAUGAGCAGGAGGGACAUGCAGAUUUUGUUGGUCAGCACUGGGGACGAACCUUCCCCUUUUCCCUCCUUCCUCUCCUGCCCCUUUCCUCUGCUCCUUCCCGUCACGCCCCGUAUGGUUUAGGAAAGGCCAUUCCCGGGCAACCACACGCUAAAAACACCCCCAGAAACCGCAAGAGACAGCACGAGACAGCACAUGAAGCACCAGGCCCCAGGCAACCAUCGACAGAGAGGGCGAGAACGGCCCAUGGACCCUGGCCAUUGCCCAGCCGAGAUUGGAGCAACACCAGGCACGACCGCCUCGAGCCCGACAAGGCAGGGGCCAUCCUCGUCGACGACCCCAAAAGACGGCCACUGCGGCUGACUACGGUGAUUUGGUCCAAUCCAGACACGAGAUGGCAACCAUGA